CGAGAAAUUCCAGGCGCAGAGCUCGGGCGUCAUCCAACUUUGAAGUCACUGGGCGGCCAAGCGCUCGAGCGUCACGAUGGCCAAAGCGAGGACGAAGCCCAUCUUUGAGUCUGCCCGAGGUCGCCCAAUACUACAAGAUGUGGCACAGCUCAUCCAGUCCGGGAAAGUGAAGCGAGUCUGUACCCUCACAGGAGCUGGCAUCUCCACCAGCGCUGGCAUUCCAGACUUUCGUUCCCCCAAGACUGGACUCUAUGCAAACCUUGAAAAGUACAAGCUGCCGUAUGCCGAGGCGGUGUUCGACAUUGAGUACUUUGUCGACAAGCCGGAGCCUUUCUUUGCGCUCGCAAAGGAACUCUGGCCUGCCAAUUAUGAGCCAACACCGAGUCACUACUUCUUCAAGCUGCUCGAGGAUCGCAAGCUCCUGCUGCGUGCUUUCACGCAAAACAUCGACACGCUCGAACGGAGAGCGGGUGUGUCGGACGACAAGAUUGUGGAAGCACAUGGCAGCUUUGCCACCGCAACCUGCCUAAAGUGCCGCAAGAAGCAUACUGCCGAGCAGAUCAAGGAUAGGAUCAUGCAAGGCCAGGUGCUGCGCUGUACAGAGACCUCUUGCAAAGGCAAGAAGCGCGCACUCAUAAAGAGCGACAUUGUUUUCUUCGGCGAGGCACUGCCCAGCCGGUUCCAUCAGCGCAUCAGCGAUCUAGAGGACUGUGAUCUCCUCAUCGUCAUGGGCACUUCCCUGACGGUACAUCCCUUCGCAAGCCUCGUCAAUGCUGUACCAGACGAAUGUCCACGUGUCUUGAUCAAUCUCGAGGCCGUCGGCGAGAUGGGGGAUUUCAGUAUGGGCACUAUGGGCAUGCAAUAUAGCGAUGGCUUCGACUUUGACGGCCGCGCGCGAGGAGGGCCCGAGAAGGCGAGAGACGUGCUCUAUCUUGGCAAAUGCGAUGAUGGCGUCCGGGAGCUUGUCGAAGCACUCGGCUGGACUGACGAUUUUGAAAAAUUGUGUGAUGCGAACAAACGCAGUAGAGCGCAAGGAAGCCUCACGUCGGCAGAGGGCAAAGCAGACGAGGUCUCAAAGGAAGUGGCAGACCUGACGGGCGCGCUGGACGCGACCAAGUUGGACGAGCCAGACGCAGCACCGAAAGCGCAUCAUUGA